UGCCGAUCAUUGUUCCAGAAAACUCCCCCUCCCGCAGUGCUUACGGGUGCCUGUGUUCAUUACUGUAGUUUUUUCACUGACUGCUAUUUGUUAUGGUCCUUUUGUUCUUGUUUGCUUGAGAAAUAUGGUAAAAAGUUAGAGGCGAGGCGAAGCACGGACCACCCAGACCAUAGCUGCCGAUACAAAGGGCCGGCUGGGGAGAAAUCUCUAGCCACCUGUGACAUCAAGAUCAAGAUCAAGAGACCAAAACAACAACAAACCCACGAGCACCCGCAGGAUGACCGCCCCCGCAGGCUCCUCAGCAGGCUCCUCAGCAGGCCCCUCAGCGGAGCAGCCCAGGGUGUUCAAGCUGGUUAACCGCACAUGGAAGACGCUACCGGACAAGGGCGACGACGUGUACAUCCGGGACCCCAAGCUGAAGGAGGGGUAUCUCGGCGACCUCAGCAAGAAGAGCAUCGUGCAGCUCCAGGAGAUCCUUCAGCGCCAGGACAGGAUACUCAACAACAAGUUCCUCGCCUCCAAGCUCAAAGACAAAGGAGAGCUGCUGAGGGAGUGCAGACGGAAAGUUGCUGAGGCUCUUGAACAAGCUCUCGACCUUCAGAAGAAUGGCCCCAGAACAGACACCCCAGCAGACAUCAAUGCCAUGGAAUGGAAAAGCCGAAGAAAAACUGCAAGCAAGCAAGAGGCGCUGGACAGUGACGACGACGAGGCUGAGGAACUCGAGGACAGACUGGACCCCCUCAAGCUCAUGGCCUACCACUCCUCCUGUGUCAAGAAACCCCCCCAGAAUGAAAGGAGGCAAGACCAGGAGGACCCAACCAGUGCCAUUGUGCAGGAACUCAAGCAGCUGGACCUUCAGGAUGCUGCGCAGGAGUCUAAAUCAGGCACUUCGUGUGAGUUUGGCGACAGGAGAAACCAGAUGUUGGAGGACAUGAGGAAACGAAACGGUCCCGUCAAAGACUCCUUCAAGCCCUUCAGGCCCAUUGCCAACCCCCAGCCCAUCCCCGGCGUGGUGCAUCAUGCCACGCGGAUGACCACCACCACCACCCAAAGCAUCCCUGACAAGGAGGGACUCAGGCUGGAGCGCGAGUUCCUCAUCAAAGAGAAGGAGCGAGCACUUUCGGAUGCACGACAACAGCUGAGGAGGAUAAAGACAGAGAAAAUUGGGCUUCCAUCGGCGGCGUCCGCGCUCAGAUAUCGCGACACCAACAUAAACAGACACCUCCUGGACUCCGACGAGAGCGAUGACAGUUUAUCAGACUCAAACGAUUAUGGCGAUGAGUAGCUUGUUUAUUAGGAAGAACUCUAAUGCUGGAAGACCAAUUCAACUCUUUGGGCAGCUUAGUAACAUGGGACAAAAGUGAAAAAGAUAUAGAGAAGAGAACUAACUUUAAAAUCAAACUGAGUACGUUUUUGUGUGGUGACAGAGACAGACUGGUGAGGAUUAAAGAGAGACAUAUGAGGUUUUGGGGGACAGGCAAUGAGGAAAGAAGAGUGGGGAGAAUGAGCUUGGUAGGAGGAGGAAGAGAAGGAAGGAGAGUGAGAAGAUUGUGAUUAUUAGGCCCAGGUAGGGAGUGUUGGCUCUGAGUUGAGGUUUUGGGGGAACAGGCAAUGAGGAAAGAAGAGUGGGGAGAAUGAGCUUGGUAGGAGGAGGAGAAGGAAGGAGAGUGAGAAGAUUGUGAUUAGGAGGCCCAGGUAGGGAGUGUUGGCUCUGAGUUGAGGUUUUGGGGGACAUGCAAUGAGGAGGAGGAGUGAGAAAAGUGAGCUUGGUAGGAAGAGUAGAAGAAAGGAGAGUGAGAUUAUGCUUACGAGGCCCAGAGAGUGUUGGUUAGCUAGCACACAGCCUUCCAAUGAGUACAGUGUGUAUUGAUUGUAGAACACACACAAAAGAGUUUCACUGGUCGCAAACAUAAAUCUUGCUGAAAUAACACCUCCAUUUAGCAUGAAUUACUUUGAUACUAAUUUUGAGCUAAAGAGAAGGUCCACUAACUCAUUUUGGGGGUGCUAAAAGAGGGAAGACAUGUCCGAUACUGGCAGGAAUCUGAAUUAUCUAAGAGCAAAAUAGUUGUGAUAUUACUAGAUGUAUUUUCCUGGUUAUAGUUUCCAGGUUUUGACUCCCUCUCGUACUGUCCUGUCUCCAUAUUCAUACUUAUUUUAUUCAUCCUAAAUCUGUGAUAAAUUAAAUGUGGUAAUUGAUAUGUAUUGAUAAUAAAAUACUAAUACACUCUUACGUUAUCCUAAGCAAUGAUAAAUUAAAAAAGGUAAUUGAAAUGUGGUUAGUGGAAAAUACACACCACUCUCUGUACAUACUUAUUGCCAAUGCACAAAACAAUAUGAAUACUUGUUACUGAUAUCAGGCACAAGGGAGUCUGAUGUAAGAGAAAAGAAUGAAUCUGAAAAUGACUGAGGUGAAUGGUGGAUGCACACGGCUGUUUAACAUUAAGUAUAGAAUUCUACAUCAUCAUUUUGUCCACCAAUUGUUAUUCCUCGACCAUCUGAUAUUUUUGUGUGAAUAUAUUUGUUUUAUCUAAUAUUCCUUUGGUGGACUUAAAUAACCUUCAACUGACAACAUUACAGUAUUGACAUUUUCCUAAAGUUUGAAGAAGUUUCCCAAAAUGUACAAAUAUUGAUUUUUAUACUAUUCCAAAAGAGCAAAGGAAUAAAUAAAUUAAGUUUU